AAUCCGAACGAAACAUCAACAAACAAUAAUAAUAAUUCAUUUUCAACUUCAACACGCGUGUUCGUGCAGUUGUGACGAUUUAUAACUAUUUUUCUCUCCUAAAAUGUAUCUUAUGUACGAUAUCGGUGAAAAUGGUGAGCGAAUUUACACCUUGAAGAAACAUAACCCCGAGGGAACGCCAACCCAAUCUGCUCAUCCAGCGCGCUUCUCUCCUGAGGACAAGUACUCGCGCCAUAGGAUUAUCAUAAAGAAAAGGUUCGGUUUGCUACUGACGCAGAAACCUGCUCCAGUUUAUUAAAGUAAUAUUUACUAUUUAAGGCAAUAAAUGAAGUUUAAAAUAUA